ACAAGAUCAGAUCAAUUUUUCCCUCUUGUGAUUUUUCUUCUGAUAAAAUGGAAACUUUUAUUAUGGACGAGUGGAAAUUCAUUUUCAAAGUCGCUAUAAUCGGUGAUUCGGGUGUUGGCAAGUCGAGUUUGGUGCAGCGAUUUACUCAGGGGGAGGUCCUCCAGCUUGACCAGGCCCAUUCUACAGAAAGUAUAGAUUUUUCGGAUUUUUCAGUGAAAACUUUCCAAGUCGAAGACGAAACUGUCAAGCUGCAUAUUUGGGAUAAUGCAGGACAAGGGCGCUUGCAUUCAAUUUCUCCAAGCUUCUAUUUGAACGCUGACGCUCUGAUUUUGGUUUAUGACGUCACAAGGCAGCCGACCUUUGAUUAUCUUCUUCACUGGAUGACGGAAAUGUAUGAUAAAGGAUUUUACGAUGAAUUUAACAUGCUGGUGCUGGUUGGCAACAAAUGCGACAAAGUUGACAAAAUAAUUCCAACUUCGUACGGUGAGUUGGUUGCCAACUACAACAACAUGUCGCAUUUUUUGGAAAUUUCUGCCAGAGAUUCAGAAAAUGUUGCUAUGCUCUUCAAUGACGUUGCCGCCAUGUUGAUUUGGCAAAAACUCCGAAUGAGCGAGCUGAGGAGGCGCGAGACGAAAUCAUUCAUAGGGGUCGGACGUUUGAGAAAGUGGCUCUGCUGUUUCUGAUUUGCAAAAAAAUCAGGUUCUUCAUUUGCAGAAAUUUGUUAAAUUAUUCGUAUUUUUAUUUUUAUUGAGCAAUUAUGUAUUGAUUUAUAAUGUGUAUUUAUAUUAAUAUAUUUAUCUUUAUAUAUAUCU